AUGGAUCCAGGGGAUGUGUUAUUGGAAGACUGUGUCGAGAUGCUUCUAGAGGCCACACCGAAUGGGGAGAACAGACUGGAAAGCCCAAUGGAGGUUGUUGCUUCUGGGACUGUUGAGAAUGCUUGGAUGGUUUAUGGGGAUUUUAAUGACAUUCUCACCGGUGAUGAAAGAAUUGAUGGUGUUAGGGCCACUCAGGCCAGAACGAAUUGGUUCAAAAAUCAGAUGGAUAACUGUAAUUUAACGGACCUUGGAGCAGUGGGCCCAUGGUUUACUUGGAAAGGCCCAAUUAUCAAUGGAUAUAGACGCUUCUUCGAGUGUUUGGACAGAGGACUCAAAAACUCUCCUUUUCUCCUGGAAUUCGCACAAGCAGGGGUACAGGUCUUGCCAAGAACCAAGUUUUCAUAUCACAAUCCUCUUUUGGUGUCUCUUCAUAAAAGCCAGAACCAGCAGCAUGCUCCUCGUCCUUUCCGGUUUGAGGCGUUGUGGCUAAUGCACAAAGAAUUCGAGUCCUUUCUAGGGAAAGAAUGGAGUAACGAAGAGGACUUGGAAGAAAACCUUUAUAAGUUUUCACAGACUGUGAAGAUUUGGAAUAGAGAAGUUUUUGGAAUGGUGGAAAAGAAGAAGAAGCAAAUUAUGGCUCGUCUCCAAGGAAUUCAAAAAUCUCUAGCUUAUGCGAACUCUUAUUUCCUGCAAGAGCUUGAGAUAAUUCUGCAGAAUGAAUUAGAAGAGGUGCUGCGAUAG